AGAAACGCUUCUCUAUCAUUCUCAUUCUCCUCAAAAUCAAUUGACGUCUUCUGCGGCUGCUGCGGCUUCAAUCUUCUCAAUCGAUUUUCUCACUCCAUCGAGCUAUGGAGAAUGAAGCAAAUGGGGAUCCAAGGAAGAGUCGUACUUGGACUUUGAUAGAAGAGGAGAAUCUUAUGAAUAUUUUACAAGAAUUGGUUGUUGAAGGUCAAAAACAGCCAAAUGGCAAAUUUAAAGCAGGAGCACAUGAGAUAGCUGCCCAAAGAAUGAAGGCUAGGAUGGAAGGUAUUGACAUUACUUUUAAACAUGUGGCAAAUAAGCUGAAACGAUGGAACACAAAAUAUACUGCAGUGUUUGACAUGAUAAAUACAAGUGGAUUUGGAUGGGACGACACCAAAAAAUGUGUUAUAGUUGAUAGCCUGCAAGUGUUGCAACAAUAUUUAGCACAUCACCCGAGAGCUCAAAAUUUUGUCAACAAAUCAUAUCCAGAAUAUGAGAAGAUGCAAAUCAUAUUUGGAAAGGAUCGUGCUGAUGGUCACAUUGCUGAGUCAUUUGCUGAUGCUGCAGAAGAUACUCAACAAGAAAAUGAUUUAGGCAAUGAGGCCACUCAAGAAGAGAGUAAGAUUCCUAUAAACUCACCUCAAUCUGUUCCUAUUCCAGGACCAGCUUCAACUUCUCGAGCUUCAAGAAAACGUGCUAGAGAAAAUGAUAGAUUAAUAGCAUGUGUUGAAGCUUUUGCUACAAGUGUUAGCGCAGCAAAUGAUAACAUGGCAAUGGUGGCUAACAACUUUGCACCUCAAAACCGAGAGCAUGACUUGGUUGCAGAUGAACUUAAGAAGCUUAAUUUAACACGUGCUGAUCGUAUUGAAGCCACUAUUAAGAUAGCAAAAUGUCCUACACUUACAGGGUUGUUUCUCAAGAUGGAAGGAGAGGACAGGGAUGAAUUCGUUAAUAAGGUGCUCAAGGAUUGAAACUAGAUGCUACCAAGAAAGACAUUUAUCAGAUUUGGUUAUGUUUUUUGGUUCAAAGAUACAUUGUUAGGGUGUUUUGGUUGACCUCUUAUUUAAGCUUUUAUUUUAUUUGGAUGACAUUAGAACAAUAUUUGUUGUUAUGAUAUUUUGUGGAUGAAUAUGAAUUUCUCUUCGAUGAUUUUUU